AUGAGGCGAAGCUCCUUCUCUGAGCAAGAGGCCCUCUUCCACGCGCAAGCCGAGAGGAAAGAGAAGGAGGCUCCCGACACCGCCCUCUCGGCUGCCAUUUUCCCCACACCGGCCCGGCAGGCCCCGCCUCAGUGCGGUUGUGCGGCGAGGGAAAAGGAGGAGCGACGCGAAGCCGCUUCGAGAGGACGGCGCCGGAAGCUGCACGGCAAGGCCUCAGCCGGCCUGAAGAACGCACGAGCUGCGUCGCCGUCGCCUGAGGAGCCGGCCGCCGCGGCUCUUCCCCUGGCGCCCGUCCCGUCCUCCUUUCCCGCUGGGGGCCCUGCGGACUGCAGUUCUGCAGACGUAACUCCCAGUGGAAGUUGCCCAGCUUGCAAAAAGAAGGGUCUCAUACAAGGUCUAAGAAUAUAUCACAUCAGUUUUGAAGAAUCUAUUUUCUUGUGUGAAAAUCCACAGUGCAUCUACCCUCUGGGAUUUGAACCACUAAGCAACAUUAUAAUUCCUACCGAUAAAAAAGAUUCUCCAUCUCAGGGCACUUGUAGGAAAAGAAAGUCAUCUGACACAAGCCUGGUAACCUCUGCUGCUCCCCAACACUUAAAAUUGACGAGGACUGAUAACUUGAUAGAAAAUGAGAAGGCAUUCAAACCUGAUCUUGCUCCCAAGUGCAAUGGAGAUAAUCUGUUUGGGACUUGGUCAGGGCAGCCUGACUUUCCAGAAGCCAGUCAGCCGAACUUUAAUAGUGCAACAGAAUCCAUGGAGCAGCAAAUGGACAUGAAAAUGGCAGCUCAAGAAAGUUCACCGGAAAUUUUCAGUGUUCAGGCACAGCUUUUGUCAGACCCUGAAAUUGGUUCAUCAUCAUCUCAAAUUCUGCAUCAAGACAAACCAUCUCGGCCAGAGCCAUUGUGGCUUCAGUGGAGGAAUGUGUACGCUCUCUGCUGGUUAGAUUGCAUUCUGUCAGCCCUAGUGCAUUUAGAAACACUAAAAAUGAUUCUGAGUGGAUCAGUCUUGGAAAACGUAUCUGUAAUCCAGAGCCUAAUUGCAAAAUAUAACGAAGCAACUGCACUUGUGAAUACUUGCCAACUGGGUGAAUGUGUUUCGGAAGUUCCUUUGGAUGUUUUUUCCAGAGCUGAAUCACACUUGAAUGAAAUCAGAAAUACAAUUUUUGUCCAGCUUCAGCCACAACUUAAAUGUAAAUUAGGUAACAAGGAGAGCCCGGUGUUUGCAUUCCCUCUACUUUUAAAGAAUGAUCCUCAAACAGAAAAACUGUUUCUCCACUCUUAUUCAUGGAAGUUUGAAUGCUCACAGUGUGGCUACCAAGUCAAUGACAGGUGUCGGAAGACGUUGACAACAUUUACAAAUAUCAUCCCAGAAUGGCACCCGCUGAAAGCUGUUCAUACUGGUCCCUGUAAUAACUGUCAUCACACAUCUCAAAGAAGAGAAAUGGUUUUAGAAAAUGUUUCCUCGGUACUUAUGAUGCACUUUGUGGAAGGCUUGCCACGUAAUGAUCUGGAGACCUACUCAUUUCAGUUUCAAGGAGAUUCCUACCAAGUAACAGCUGUUGUUCAGUAUCAGGAGGAGGCAAAGCACUUCAUAACAUGGAUCUCGGAUUCAGAUGAAACAUGGCUUGAGUGUGAUGACUUAAAGGGUUCGUACUCCAGAAGACACAAGAUCUUUGGCGUCCCCCCUUCAGAGAUUCACAUCAUCAUCUGGGAAAGAAAAUCGCCACGAUUGACAAAUGGUCUAGAUUUCCAGCUAGAAAGUGAAGUGGCUAUGAAUGUUCCUUUGCUGAAAGCACAGCCAAAUUCUCCUUUUAAAUAUGCUGAUGGCAAGGCUGCCGGCAAAGCACCUUUAAUUUUUCACACUGACGAUGACUUGAAUGGACAUACAAAUGAGACACAAAACUUGAUUGCGAAUGACAAAAGUAAUAUGCUUUGUGGCUUGGAAAAUCUGGCCAAUGAUGAUGUUGUAACUUUGACUCUUGUGCAAGUUCCACUUGACUCUGAAGGUAAACCACUGGAUGAAAGCCCUGCAGUGGAAAAUAACAUGACAGUCAGAACAGACACAUCACAGCUGCAUAAUCCAGGUGAAGUUAAAGUUUCUCCAGCUACUUCUGAAAGAGAUAUUGCUGGGAAGGUGUGCAAGUUACUUGAAAAUGCCAAUACUCCCUUGCAUCAAGGGCAGCCAAACAAUGCAAGUAACAUGUUUAUAAUGCCAGUCGUUUCUCUGAGCAAUAGCCAUUAUUCACCAGAAAUGUUACCAGUUCAAGGGGCAGAACCUGAAGUUCUGAUCAAAGAUAGCAGCAGUUUGGACACAGCAAAUCAAGAAAACAAAAGCAGCAGAACAAAAGCAGAGAAUAGUGUACAGAUAACACAUAAUACUGUAGAACACCGGAGAGAAGCAACAGCAAAUUCCCAGGCUAGUGCUGCAUCUUCCCCAAGUAGUUAUUCUCACCCGGCCCCUAAAAACAGAACAAAGUCGUUCACAGGCAGUUGGGUAAAGGGCUUACUUGGAAGAUGUCAUCCUCUCAUGCCCAAAAGUUUAUCAACAUAUAAUAACACAGAGAUCUGUAAAAAGCCCAUUAAAAAAGAAACUCGCUGCACUUCACUUGGUAGGCAGGCAGGCCACUUUCAUGGUUUCCAAGCAAAACAUUCAAAAAAGCAAAGGGAGAAGAUAGUGGAGAAGGCAUUGGAUUCUUCUAAUAAGGCUCCUCCUCCAUCUUCACCUACUCUUUCUGCAAGACCUCCUAUAGAAAAGCAUCACAUUGUUGGAAGCAAAAGAACUGUGGUGGAGAGGGUUGGCUCACUGGUUGCUUUGGGUAACCAGAUUGGGCCCAAACCGAGCCACAGUAAAACUAAAAGCUUUACAUCGGCUGAGAAUGUUGAAGAGUCAAGUGUUACAAUAACACACCAACUGCGCCAACAACUUCGAGAGCAGCUGAAAGCUAAGAAGGAGAAACUGGCUUCGCUAGAUAAGGUGGCAAAGGGUCAGGUGCGAAACAGGCGGUCUCCCAAGAAAAGGAUGAAGGAUCAGCCACAGCUUCAAUCCCAGAAAGAAAGUGACCCCCUGCAGAGCUUGUUAAAUGCCCUGCAGGACCAAAUUGAUGCUGAAGAUAGUAAAUCUCUGAAUUCUCUAAGCACCAGUAUGUCCCAGUGUAGCAGUUCAAGUUUUGAUGACAUUUUAUCUGAGCUGCUGUCUCCCACUCCAUCUGUUGCUUCAUUGGAACUUCCGCAAGAAGAAGAAUGUGGAUAUGGUGCACAGGGAACAAACCAUGACCAUAAUUAUCAUAGUCCAGUAAAGGAAAAUGGAUAUGAGGAUCAUACAGACUUGUCACUUAAAUCAUCCCCCAAGAUACUCGACUUUGAAAGUCCAACAAAACAAUUUGGUCUAGAAGAACUGCUGCCUAGUUCAAUGCUGAAUUCAAUAAUGGCUGACACUCAAGACUUGCAUCACUUUGAUGAAACUCUCUUAGCAUGGUGAAUUGUGUUUUAACAAUUUCACAUGUUUCUGUUAGUUAGCUUUAAAGCAAAGCAUAACUUGUGUUCCAAGCUAAUUUUGCACAUGGAGGUUCUUUGGAUUUUUUUAAAAUGUGAAAGUUUUUUUACUAUGAGGUUGGUUAAUUAUCACUAUUAAUAAUAAAUUAAGACAAGCUGGAAGAAAAGAGACAAGACUCUGAAUUUUGUGUCUGAAACGGAGGUGAUAACAGGUAGAGUUUUGACAAACAGUAAAAAGUUGCUGAGGUAGAAUUACAUUCACACAAGAGCCGUCAAAGAAAAAUGCACAAUUGCUGAGCCACAGAAAUCUGGUAAUAGAUCACGAAAAAGUAUAUAUAUGGCAUCAUGUUCAUAAGUGUGGCAGCACAGUUGCUGGCAGAUGCUUGUCUCAAAACUCAUUGGCAUAGUCAGCUCUUUAAAAAAGAGCUGUUAGGUUUCUAUUUUUCCCCACAAUUGUGUGUGUUAAAUUAUUUAGUUUUUUACAAGAAAAAAAAUCUGUUCUAAAAAGAUACCCAAUGAAGCAAGUUUCAUCUAAAUCAAUAAUGAAGGGAAUGUGGCAUAAACAUACAUCUUUUCAGCCUGCUCUUUCUGAUUAAAUAAUAGUCCUUUGUGAUUGCUGUGUUUGCGCAUAAUGCUAAACCAUGGCUUGCUUUAACCCUGAUUUGUUGGGGGGGGGUGAGUUGUCUCACCGAUAAGCAAACAAGACAUGGCUUAUUCCUAGAAAGUUGAUUUGCUUUCAGCUGUUCUUGCUUUAUGCCUCGGUAGCUUGCCCAGGUUCUGGAGAUUGGGUAGCUAAACAAACCAUGGUUAAGCAAAGUUGUUUGGUUUCGACAGACCAUGGUUAGUCUGAUUGUCUGGAUUCAUGUGUUCACAAACACAACAUUUUGGCUAAACAGGUCAAGCCUUAGUGUUAAUUACCUAUAUGAAACUGGACCACUCCCUCCUGUUCGAGGUAAUUAGAGGUUUUAUUACAGUCAAGUAGUAUAUAAAUUUAGUAAAAUAAAAAAUACUAUUUCUGGGACCAUACUGAAGGGAUAUCAGCAAACCUACUAAAACUUGAAUCAGUGCAUUUUAAAACACACCCAGGGUUUCAGUCAAAAUGAAAAGAAAAUUGUUUUCAAAAGCGGAGGCAGUCUAAAACUGACAUAUUUCUUAUUGUAAGAAAGCAUGUUGUAUUUUUCACAUUUCCUUCAUUGUAUUGAUUCUUCACAUUCCAGAAAAUGGAUCACUGUUACUUGGUGAGGGAAUCUUAGAGUGCAAGUACAUUUAUUUGUCGGCCUGUCGCCACCUCUACUUAAUGACUUCAUGCCACCUAAAUGCAUCUGCUUCAUAACUGAUGUAUUUAUUGUUAGGUAAUGCCAACUUAGAGCUAAACCUAGGAGGCUGCCAAAGGCUGUGUAGAAACUAGAUCUUGCUCUGAUCUUAUAUUUAUUUGUUAUAUUUAUAUAUGACCUUUAUCUUCCAAGG